AUGGCGAAAGCACCGGGGCCUAUCAAGCGGGCGUGGUACGAGUGGAAGAUGCUGCGCUUCCCCUGGCGGAAGAAGUGGCUGGUGGGCUUCGAUCUCCAGGGCAACACAUUCUGGGAGUUCAAGGACGCGCUGCACUCACUGCGCAACCGCCGCAUCGCAAAGUACCACCGCUCGACACACUACGGUGACGUGAACGUUUCUCCCGGCUGGAUGCAGUGGCUGCGCCACACGCGCUUCGAGCCGCCGACGCUGCAGGAGCAGCAGCAGGAGGUGCAGAGGCAGGCGAAUAUCAAACUGCUGGCUGCGAGGGCGGAUGAGCGGUGGGCGGCGAAGCCGAGUGCGUUGGAUGCGCCGGAUAUGCAGCAGCCGGUGCAGAUGCUGGAGAGCAGGGAUCCGAAGAGUGGUGUCGUGCAGAUGAAUGCUGAGCAGGAGCUGAGGUCGAGGGGGCAAGAGUCGCGGACUGCUGAGGCGAGGAGGGCAGAGGGACCGCAGAAUGAAUCCGGGCUGUCUGAAGAGGCGCCUGCAUUUAAAGCGAAGAAGCGAAUGAGGAUAAACAAGGAACCCAAGGAAGACUCGCCGUGGAAGCAAGCCGGUGCUAGCAACCCAGGAGACGACUGGCAGCCGAAGGCCUGGACACCGCCACCGAGGAGGAGAGGAUGA